AUAGGCAGUGCAGGCAAAUGCUCAGGGCGCCGUCAUCCACAGGGGGGCGCCACAAGCGGAGGACGGGACGUGGCCGGAAUGCACAGGCGGUGUUUGGCUGCAGAUCUCAGAUCGGUUUAUACAUUAUAAAGCGUGUGAAAGAGUCUGGCGCUCAGGGAAAGAAAGAAGAGCAAGAAAACAGGAAAGAGACGGUCACGAUGCUCGGAGCGGUGGUGGUCGGCAUUGGCACUGCGGGCUGGGUGAGGAUCCGGGACAUGCUGGCUCCAGUGCCCGGUAGUCCUGCAGAGAAGCUGGCUGUCAGAGGAUUCAUAUCCAGGAGGAGCCUAGACAGCCAGCAGGGAGUGAGUCAGAUCUCCGUGGAGGCGGCCAUCAGCAGAGAAGACAUCCAUGUGGCCUUCAUCUGCACUGAGAACGUGUCCCAUGAAGACAACGUGAGGAUGUUCCUACAGGCAGGGAAGCAUGUGUGUGUGGAGUAUCCCAUGACCAUGAACCACAAGGCUGCUGUGGAGCUCUACGGUUUAGCCGAGGAGAAAGGUGUGGUUCUCCAUGAAGAGCACAUCGAGCUGCUGACAGAGGAUUACAGAGAACUGAAGAGAACCGUCGCUGGAAAAGUCCUGCAGAAAGGAAGUCUUCAUUUCACUGGUGGUGCUCUGAAGCCUGGAUUUGGUUUCCUGGCGUUCAGUGGCAUCGCUCGCCUCACCUGGCUGGUGGAUCUGUUCGGUGAGCUGUCUGUAACCGCCGCCACCGUGGAGGAGGACGUUUCCAGGAGCUACAGCAAGAUGACCGCCACACUGCUGACCUCUGACAACAGACCUCUGGUGUGGAUUGAGGAACGGGGACCAGGCCUCCCCAGGGCCAAGAACAUCAACUUCCACUUUGACUCUUGCACUUUGACUCAACUGCCUCCUGCCCCCAGAGCGGCUGUGGGCCUCUUCAUGCAGGAUCUGAUCCACUUCUCUGCCAAGCUGGCCAACCAAGUGGAUCCCAAGGAGCUGCAGAGAGAGAAGGUCCGAAUCCUGCACUGCUUGGAGCUGGCACAGAGGAUAGAGCAGCUGUGCCAGAGCUAAAUGGGCCUGUCCGGUUCAGGACUGUCAUCGACUGGAACAUGAAUGUCUUUGUUACCUCCACGCCGUUUGAUUUUGUACUAAGUUGUAAACAUUUAAAAUAAUCUUGACUAAUUAUUGAUCACCUGGAGCUGAAGAACACAUGGUACCGUUUCAUAGAGCAGGUCUGCAUCAUCCAGCAGAGGCUCAGUGGGCGGCACUUCCUGUGUCAUCCGGGCCGCCGUCAUUACCUUCAUCAAACAGCCGCCUUAUCGCUCAUGUUUGUUUUUGCCUUCUAAAUAAAGCUGAAUGUUGCUUGCUGGCCUA